GUAAAUAACCAGUUUGAGAGUUUACUGCGAGUCGGGCGGAAACAAGUAGCAGCGCGCUUUCGACGCUAUCCCCAAAUGCAGUAACCUGUUGUUUUUUGUUGUUUUUGAUAAUUGUGGAAAGUGAAAAACGGAAUACCAAGUUAGAUACACACAAAUCAGGCUCAAUUUUUAAAAUCUGGAAUUUAUUCGAAACACAAUUCGAGCUGAGUGUAAUUGUAAUGUGUGCAGUGCAACAAGUGUUUUCUUACAUUUUCAACGAGUAUAUGUGUCCGAGUGGAAAUUCAACCAACUAAGACCUUCUCGGAUCUCUUAAAAUGGAUGCAGCCAAUCAUAGCCCUGACGAAGCACCCAAGGAGAAUGAGGAGAACGACAACGAAGUGGAUCCCCAGGGAUUAUCAUUUUGCUUUAUACGGGGCUCAGAUCCCAGAGCUGCAACAUGUCGAAGUAAAUUGCAAAACAGACGCUGCAAAUUAAACCAAGAGAUAAAUAAAGAACUUCGCCUACGCGCCGGAGCUGAAAAUUUAUAUAAGGCCACAACAAAUCGUAAACUGCGGGACACAGUUGCCUUGGAACUGAGCUUUGUCAAUUCAAAUUUGCAACUUUUGAAGGAACAGUUGGCGGAAUUGAAUUCAUCGGUGGAAAUAUAUCAAAGCGAGAGUUUCAACAGUGUAAUGCCUAUGAUACCAUUGGGCCUUAAGGAAACCAAGGAGAUUAAUUUUAUGGAACCAUUUUCGGACUUCAUAUUGGAGCACUAUAGCGAAGAGCCCUCGAUAUAUAUGGAUGCCAUAGCGGAUAUAACAGACACCAGACAGGCAUCGAAGACGCCAUCACGUGAUGGCCUCGGCGUAGCGCUACUUUUUCGCUACUACAACCUGCUUUAUUAUGUGGAACGUCGCUUCUUUCCGCCCGAUCGCAAUAUAGGAGUCUACUUCGAAUGGUAUGACUCGCUAACGGGCGUGCCCUCUUGUCAGCGUACGAUUGCCUUCGAGAAGGCCUGUACUCUGUUCAAUCUGGGUGGAAUAUAUACACAAAUCGGUGCGAGGCAUGAUCGCACCACUGAACGGGGACUAGACCUAGCCGUUGAUAGCUUCCUGCGAGCCGCUGGCAUAUUCCGGCACAUCUACGAUACGUUCACGAAUGCCCCAUCGAUGGAUUUGAAGCCACAGGUCCUGGACGUACUCGUUUCUCUGAUGCUCUCCCAGGCCCGAGAGUGUCUCUUUGAGAAAUUGCAGCUACAAAUUGAAGCAUUAGAUCUUUCCGAGUCUCGUCACUUGUAUCGGGACCUGGCUGGAGAGGCGUCACAGCUGUCGUAUGAGUAUAAUGAUAUGCACAAAAAUAUUCAAGCAAAUGAUACACACACCUAUCUGCCGGAAUGUUGGGCUGGGCUGGUGCCACUUAAAGCCGAACUCUACAAGGCUUUUGCCCACUACUACGAGGCCCGGAGCAUAGAUACCAUUUCCGGUUCGGAGGCCUUGGCUUCUCUGUCUAACCAAAAGAAUCUGUCUGCUGCCAAAUCAAAAGAAUCAUUUAUUGGCAAUGCACGAGAGGCACAGUGUGAGUCCACCGUUUCCACAUCGUCUUCAUCCAUUGCAAUCAAGCUCACCCACCUUAAAGAGGCAAUGAAUAGCAACGAAGAGGCGCAGCGUUUGCAGCGCAUGUGUCGAUACCUUAAGAAUAAAACAUCGCUGACGGAAGUGAUUAAGGAAUCGCUAUACAAAACACAAGAGGAGUAUGAGAAAUUCAAAAUGCAAGCCUCGGCCAAUAACAUAGAAGAGUGCUACGAUCUGCUAGAUCAAGUGGUUGAGGCUUCUUCAAAGUUUACGUUAUCGUUGACUGGUCCCGAAUUCACAUCGUACAAAGUCGAGGAUCCCUUCAAAGGUCUGGGACCCAUAGCGAUAUUUUCAGCAAGACGUCACUGGACUGCGCCGCGCUGUGUGCGUCUCCAGAAGGGAUCCGCUUCCCUGUCUACGUCCUCCAUAUAUCAUGAUGCCUCCUCCAACACAUUUAACACAACGGAACACAGUGGCUUCAAGGAAGAGUUCGAGAACUUUGGCUUUCAUGUGCGCGGUGACGCGCCAGUUAUCAUUGCCCAUGUGGAGAUUAAUUCCCUGGCUGAUCUUGGUGGUAUAAAGGAGGGUGAUUUUAUAGUCGAAAUAGCUGCCAUGGAUGUUAAGUGGUAUUCACACCAGCAGGUCGUUCAGCUAAUACAAUCUUGUGGCUCUGCACUUGAAUUAAAAGUCAUAACGCCUAUGGAUCGCAACUACUUGAAGCCGCUGUCGUCAAAGGGCUCAAUAUCAACGCUAUCAGCCGCCAGCUCAUCGGGUAUUUCAUCUUCCGGUUCCCCAAGUCCAACGAGUACGGCGACAAAGCCAAAGCUCCAGCUGAAGACCGCCAAUAAGGCGCGACUCGUGGGCAGCGUGUCGUCUCGAUCAUGGAAUCCCUUCCGUCGUACUCCAAGUUUAGCUAAAAUAUUUUAGGACUUUCACACACAUACUUGUUUCAUGUGGCCUUAUUACAGUUUUCUUAAGGAGUUAAUUUUUUCAUUGAGUUCAACUCUCCAGAGGAUAGUGAAAUACAUUGGAAGAUAUAUACAUAUAUAUAUAUUUUUUAUAAAGUCCAGCUCAUUAUCAUAUCAAUGUCCCUGCCAUGGCUCAGCUUAUUUCUAAUAUUUUCUGUACUUUAGUCUAAGAUUUUUAUUUAUUCUUGUGCAUCGUAUAUUAUAUAUAUGCAUUUCGCCACCGCAGAAAGGACUAAGGAAAGCUAGUUGAGCAUUUAGUUUUCCAUUUUCUAAAAUUCUUAAAUAUGUAUGAACCUACAGAGC